UCAAAGACUAUUUUCCAAUUUUUACAAAGUUACCAAUGCUUUUUUUAAAUAAAUUUGUCACAACUUUAUUUUGCUUUCAGUUUUCGAAAUCAUUGUUUAGACGGUUGAAAAAUCAAAAAUUAGUAAAUAUAUAGUUUCUUUGGAUUAAAAUCAUGACACUCAACAGCAAGAUCCCAAAAUUUAGCAAUGAACGAUGACAUAAUUUGCGGUUGAGGAGUGAUUUAUGGAGCUAUAUAUAUAUGUGUCCAUGAUUACUAGAAAACUAGGGCAUGGAACUAGGGAAGGAGGAACAACUAAGAAACCACCAUUACCAAGAAGCAGUAAAAGAAAACUAAAAAGGUGAAAUGGGAGAGAAAUACGUUGCAUUGUUUGUGAUGUGCCUUGUGAUGGGUGCAUCUGUUGCGGUAAUGACCCUAGAGGAAAGAAGAAAAGACUGCAACAGUUAUUGUAACACUGCUUGCAUGUUUCCCGCCAAAUUCUGCAAAUGGUGGUGCGGAGGCCGCUGCGAAAACCCAAUAUUUUGGGAAGACAGCCUAGACGAUGAUGUAUCAAAAAAGUAUCCUGUACCAACGGAAGCAAGUUACAAGGCUUAUCUGGCUGAACAUCCUGAAGAAAGUUCUUCCAAUACGGAGAAGACUGAGAUGUAGACCAAAAUGGAAACAAAAAACGAACAUAACAUAAUUGGUCCAAUGCAAUCGAGACCAUCGACUUUGUUUGCCAAGGUUUUCAUGUUAUAUUCCAAUGUCUACCUCAAAAGCUUCCCUCGUCAAAAUAAAUUAUUAUAGCAUUUUAUAGCGUCUUCUUUACAUUAGAUUGCUAUAAUGUAACAUUUUAAUUUUAUUUUUAGUUUCUAAUUUUAUUUUAUUUUACCUUUCACCAUAUUUUGUACUUCUAUGUUAAUAUAAG